AUGGACCACGACAUGGACAUGGACCUGGCCCUUCACGCGGGCCUCCAAGCGGACAUACAGGACGUAGACUCUGGUUUCCGAAACCCCAAUCUCGAGCCUCACCACCUCUCCAACCAUAAUCACAACCACAAUCACAAUCACAAUCACAGGCACCAACGUCAACAAUCUCACGAUCACGACUACGACCGCCGCAUCGAUCGCGAUACCGAUUCUUUACCCCAAGCCUACCUCCACGACCAGGUGCCGACCGAUCACUCUCACCACCAAGAUUCUUCUUAUCCCGCUACUCCUGCAUCCCAUUUCGACCACAGCGGCCUCUACUCCCACGCUCCUGUGCCGCACCCCGACGACCACAACUCCCAUCCCACGGGCGCCCAUCAUGCUUUCAACCCCGUAAAUCCAGACGAUUUCUACAAGAGCUAUCGUGCAACGAACCAAAAUAAUACAGAGUCACCUUCUGUGGCUGCUGCGGCCCCGCGUCCGUCAUUGCGCUCUAACGGUAAUGGCUCUACACCAAAACAUCCUGUUAUUUCUCAAACACAUACAAACAUGCGUUCAGCGUCGAAUCCUGUCGACAACAGAUCUGCCCUCCCGGGCUACAAACCUACAGGAACUCACCCCAGCGUGAGAGAUUUGAAGAAGCGGUUCGACCAAAACGGUGCUGCACCUUCAUCGAUCCCCCGAGCUCCAGCGCAUAUGGGAGCUGCAGCUAAGACUCGGCAUGAUGGUGCCGGUCCACAACCGCGAAAUGGUGGAACGGGUUACUCGGCUUUACGUGAUGGCAGCAGCACUUUUAACAAGCAAACGGCUUCCUCUUCAGCUCGUUCUCAAAGAUCAAGAUAUGUUGCUGAGGACCAGGUCUCGAGUAAUUCUCAGUCUUUCGCAAGUCGUAUAGGGAAACCACGAAAUGCGGCUAGCGGAAACUCAAAUGCCUCCAAGUCUUCUUCCAACUUGGCACAAGAGGCUCCACCACAACAAUCGACUUCCUCUUCCAUCUCCCCCACAUCUUCGCGUUCUCAAGGCCUACUGUUCGGCGAGAUUCUUCCCGAUCAGUAUAAUUUUUCAGCCCUCGGUUAUGGCAUUGAGGGCGUCCGCCCAAGGAGGACUUCCGAAUCGAGCUUGUAUCAUCCCUUCAACCAUCAAAGAAGCCUAUCUGAUCCGCCAGAUGUCGCCGACCUUACAUCUCCGGAUAUCUGGUACCGUAGCCUCAACGGCGACGAUAACAACAGUCAACCGCCUCAAGUUCGAGCCCCUCGUCAGAAAGGCCACGCGCGGUCACGUAGCGACAUACCUAGGUCGCCUUCAGUGCCUGCUGCGUCCCGCGAGACGCCUUCUCGAAAACCGACCACCAAUAAUACAGCUGGAGCUGGAUCAUCUUCCAAGCUACCACGCUCUGUCAAGAAGUUGAAUAGUUCAAGCGAUUCGGCGCCGUCCACACGCUCGAAUUCUCCUAAUCUCAAAAGACCACAGGUUAAUGGCCGGACAUCGAGGGCGGAGACACCUACGACUGCAUCAAGGGCGAAGACCCCAACUACAUCAAGGGCGAAGACUCCGACCACGACAAGGGCGAAGACUCCAACAAGAGCCAAGACACCCACCCAGAGCGGCGCUGCCCGAAAACCGGCACCCCGAAACCUCGUUACGCCAACGAAUAACAAUCGUCUCCAAGCCAACAUUAUUGCACCUCCUCCGAAGCUCUCCCCUCCGCUUAGGAGUUCUCGGCCUCGUCAGCCUGUGUCCGUGGCCACAACAGCAAGCUCACGGAUGAGGACGGUGGAGAGAGCCAGGUCGCCAAAUCCGGGCUCUGUCCCACCGUCCAGGAUUGCCGAACCAUCCUCACGUCGUGGAAAGAUAGCUAUAGGGCCAAUCGAUUUCGAACAGCGACGAGAACAUAUUCGACUGGCUUAUACCAAGUCCAUCCGCGACAGCCAGGUGCUUGAAGCACGACAAAAGGCGGCAGAUCGAAGGCGAAAGGAAAUGGAGGCUGCCGCCGAGGCAAAGGCUGCUAACGCCGCUGGCGCUACAUCCUCACUCGCACAUUCGCCAUCCAUAACUUCAGAAUCAGGCGGUGCAGACUUACAAGAUCUCUCCGACAUUCCUCCAGUCCCGCCUCUUCCAGAAAGUCACCAACCAGUACCGGGAGUACCAACUGUUCAACCGCCGGUUUCGAGCCCGGAUCUUCCGCAUGCUGUGCAAGUUCAAAAUGCGUUGAAUGCGAUUGACCAAGCAGAUGGUCCGGUUUUCUCGGAUGGCUACGAUGCUUCAUAUGGACAGAUUCCUGCCGAUCCGCUCCGGCAACCUACACCGUUCAUUGACGAUCCAACGAUGAGUCCCGUAGAUAUCGCGAUGUCACUGCCACCCGCUUCGCUCAUGCUAUCUACCAGCUCUCAGGCAACACCCACCGCUGAGCCAUCGAAAAGUGACUUUGAUUCACCCACGCUUGGCGUUCCCGGUAGCUUCCCUGCGCUCAGCCCUCCUAUUGAGAUGUCAGAACGACCUUUGAGUAUAGUUUCGGCAGCAUCAGAAACAACAGAGUUUGAUAACGAACCCCAAACGACUCCCCCAAGGUCUGCGCAAACACCACUUCAGGUUCCCAUCACAGUUGUCAAACCGCCUACUCCGCAAACUCAGAAAGCUGCGUCUCCUCCAAGAGCGGAGUAUCAAUACCCAUUCGAAGACGACCCUGAUUCACCGGUUCGACCAAAGCCUACGUCAGUAGCGCUUCACGCAAGUGAACAUUCUUCAUCUGGACAUCAUAUUGCUGACGAGCUUGUAAUUCCUGGUUCAUUCGGUGCCAGCCUCGACGAAGAUGACAGCCGUCAAAAUGUCCAAUCUUCUUGCGAAACCACAAUAACGAUUCUGCCGCCUAGUGAUGAUUCACGACCGAUCAGCAAGCCCGAAGAAACGGUCCCUUUCCCAAGGAUAGAGCCUGACUAUGAAUCAGACUGCCAGUCUGAUUCGGAAUACGGUGAACUGCAGAGACAGUAUCACCGUUCCCAUGACGACGAUGCUGUCACCGACUGCUGCACUGAGGAUAUGGACGAUGAAAGUAGGAAGGGCUGCAGAUCCGAGGCCCCAUCUGAUGAUCGAGUCUCAUCACACCGGGCUUCUACCUGUGAAUCUAUUGACACUAACGAGCGGCAAUACACUUUCGAUGACCACCAGCGCCCUGACUCUACAGCAAAUCUUAUGGUACCGGCUUUGUCUGCGCCUAAUAGAACCAGUCAGCAAUCAACAUGGACGGACUUUUCUGUAAACAGUGGAGAUGUGUCGCCAGCGGUCCGGUCAUCAGUAUUCACCGACAUCGACGACGAAAAUGACACGGGGGAUCACGGCCAUGUCACAAUCUUUGAAACGACAUCUAUCCAUAGAAACAGCCGGCCUACCAACCGCCCUCCGGAGGUUCGCAACAGUCAACCAGAGCCCCGCCCUUCUGUUGAUUCAACCCGGUCGCCGUAUCUCGGUCACCAGCUCCCUGAGUUGAACACUGGGGAUGAUUUCUCAAUUCCUUACCUCUCCAACAGAGCCAGCAAGAGUUUCUCGUAUUUCCCGUCGCCCAAUCACGAGCCUCCUCCUAUUCCAGCAUCAACAUCCGGCUCCGCAUGUAACUCGCAACGAGCAUCUGGUGUCUACUAUGACCAGUCGCAAAGCGGAAGCACAUUUGUCAAUUCGGAACGAGGCUCGGAAGAUUACAUACCUAUGAUGACGACGCCUCAAUCAAUGGAUAAUGCAUCACUGUCAACAGGCAAUCAGUACUUCGCCGAUGCAGCUACUUUGAACGGAGACGCUGCCUCCGAAACAAAUGAUAAGCAAGGAAUAACAGAAAAGGAGAGGCAACGGCUUACCCAGCGUCGCAACAUUUUGAAGGAACUCGUCGACACAGAAGCUGUUUUCGUGCGCGACAUGAACAUUGUAGAAGAGAUCUACAAAGGUACAGCAGAAGCUUGCCCGAAACUCGAUGCUACCACUGUGAAGCUCAUUUUCCGAAACACGGACGAAAUCAUCGCAUUCCACACAGCAUUCUUUGCCCAGAUCAAGGAGGCGGUCCUUGCAGUGUAUGCCAUGCAGGGAAGGCGAUCGGCUCUCGCCAGGGAAGGCUCCAUGAUGUCGGAGCCUUCACAAACUAAUCCCGCCGAUAUCGAUGAUACCAAGGAUCGUACCGUUCAGAUUGGACCUAUCUUCAAAGCUAACAUGGAAAGUAUGAAGCUGGCUCAUGAAGGGUUUUUGAGAAACAGUGAUGGAGCAGCAAAGCGACUCAUUGACAUACAAAUGGAUCCUACGGUCAAGGUGUGGCUUAAUGAGUGUAAUGAAGUUGCGAAAGACUUGACAGCCGCUUGGGAUUUGGACUCCCUCCUGAUCAAGCCUAUGCAGCGCAUUACUAAAUACCCCAACCUUAUCGGAACGUUGUUGGUUCACACUCCAGAGGACCACCCUGACCGUCAAAGUCUUCUGGAGGCUAAAACCCUACUUGAAAACUCCAUAAUCGAAAUCAACAAGACGAAGAAGAACUUUGAAUUGGUUGGUCAGAUUGUAGGCAGAAAGCGAAAGGAAUCCGAUGUCAAAGCAGGGUUCGUACGAGCGUUCGGCAAACGAGUCGACAAACUUCAAGCGCCAGGUGCUCGCCAAAUGGAUGAUACUGAGUAUCAGAAACUUAACGAGAAGUUCAGCGAUGACUACCUGCGCCUGCAAGUCGUUCUUCGAGAUGUCGAAUUCUACACGCGACAAGUGUCCGAGUAUGUGCAUGAGUUUUUGCGAUACCUCUCUUCCAUCGAGCUGGUUAUGCGGCUUCAGCCUGGAAAUUAUCCUGAACUCGAAAGCAAGUGGGUACAGUUCAAUAUCUCAAUACGGGAUCUCGAAAAGGUUGCUCUCGAGGACCAUUUGACGCAAGUCCGAAAAACCGUCAUUGAGCCCUUUGAACAAGUUAUUAAGGCCUACGGCAACCCGUCAUUGGCGAUGAAAAAGCGUCAGAAGCGGCGGGUUGACUUUGAGCGCUACGAGCAAUUGAAGCGAGCAGGCAAGAGCAUCGACGGGAAACUUAACGAGCAGGUCGAGCAGUACGAGGCCUUGAACGAUACUUUGAAAAAGGAGCUUCCUAGGUUGUCUGGCUUGACUGAAAAGGUGGGCCACAUUUGUCUGGCCAAUCUUGUCAAUAUCCAAACGACCUGGUACGGCAUCUGGAAGGACAAGAUGAAGGUGGUACUUGGUGACUGCCCUGACACGCCAGAUCUUAAAGAAAUCGUGGCAACCUUUAAUCGGGAUUUCCCGUACGCUCAAGAACAGCUGGCCAGUGUUGGUAUUCUUAACCCUAUGUACCGAGGUCGGGUUUCGCAGUCGACCACAAGGAGUACCGACGAAUCAUCUUCCCUUAGGAUGAGAUCGCGUCCAUCUGAAAGUGAUUCACGAGGUCGAGGCCAUUCAGUGAGCAGCGAGAAGGUACCAAGUGUCCCAACUCAAGACUUCACAAAGCGUAACAGUGGCUCCUACACAUCGUCACCUACUGUGGUUACGGCAAGCAACAUUCCCAGCCCACACCAGUAUUACUACCGCGACCACUAUGCAGGUAUCAACAAUCACCAGCAAGGCACGGCAUCUCCUAUAUCCCCAGAGCUCGCAGGCAGUACGCGGUCUUUUGCUGCCUCGACAAGACCAAGCACAGGGCGAAGCUUCGAUUCUGGCGGUGCUCCACGCCAAAGUUCAGACUCAGCUACACAGCAACUUCGAGACUCACAAACUACUUAUAGUUCUCACAACCAGUCUCAGUCUCAGGAAAGCCGGCGGUUCUCCGGGCUUUUCCACUCGGCAUUACCGCCGGCUGAUGGACCUGAAGACAGUGCUCGAUCUUCCCGAGCUUCGUCCAGAGAGCGGGCGCCAGUGGAUGACGGGUAUAACGUGCUUUGGCUGGCUGCAUCGCUCUUUGAGUUCAACAUUGCUACGACAAAGCAUGAAGCUGGUUACCCAUACCUGGUGUAUCAAGCUGGCGAGAUCUUUGAUGUCCUUGGCGAGAAAGGAGAACUCUGGCUAGCGAAAAACCAGGACGAUCCGGACGAUCGAGUCGGGUGGAUUUGGUCCAAGCACUUUGCCAGACUUGCCGAUUCAUAA